AUGGGUUUCGGAGAUCUAAAGUCGCAGUCUGGCCUUCAGGCUUUGAACAAUUUCCUUGAAGAUCGUAGUUACAUCGACGGGUAUGUGCCAUCUCAAGCUGACAUUGCUGUGUUUCUAGCUGUCGGCACCCCACCACCUGCAAGCCUGCCGCAUGCUCUUCGUUGGUACAACCACAUUGCAUCCUAUGAUAGUCAGAAAGACAGUUUGCCUGGUGUUAGACAGCCAAUAGAGACAUAUGGGCCUGCUGGAGCACCUGCUACUACUGCCGCUGCUCCUGCUGCCCCCAAAGCUGCUGCUGCUGACGACGACGAUGAUCUUGAUCUGUUUGGUUCAGAUGAUGAAGAGACAAAAGCACUGAAAGCUAAACGUGUGGAAGAUUAUGCAGCAAGGAAAGCCAAAAAGCCAGUUAUCAUUGCCAAAAGUAACAUUAUCUUGGACGUCAAGCCCUGGGAAGACACAACUGACAUGGAGGAGAUGGAGCGAAAAGUACGCAGCAUUGAGGCCGAUGGACUCCUGUGGGGUGCAUCCAAAUUUGUUCCUGUUGGCUAUGGCAUCAGAAAACUGCAGAUCUCCUGUGUGGUUGAAGAUGACAAGGUGAGCACAGACUUUCUGGACGAGGAAAUCACCAAAUUCGAAGACCUUGUCCAGUCUGUUGACAUUGCAGCAUUCAACAAAGUCUAG